UUGCUUUGACAUAUGACAGCAAAUGACAAUUUGUUGAUCGGGGCGAAAAUUUUAAAUUUAAAAUCUUAUUUUGCAAAUUACUUUAAUAUUAGCAAAUUAUAAAAUUUUAGAAACUAAACGGAAUACAAAAUAACACAAAAUGAUCUAGGGUUUACAUAAAGGUAGUGAUGUUGCGCAACUUUAACUUUGAUUUCAUGAGGACGAAUAAGUUGAAAUAAAUAUGCCUUCUCAUGAAGAGGAAGAUAAGCCUUGCAGAGCUUGCAAUGACUUUAAAACAUGGUCCAAGAAGCAAUCAAAAACUAAGAAAGAAACACCUGCCCCGCCGACGAAUGCACCGGCCCCAGAACCAGAAAAGAGAAAGGAUUGCCCUUUGGACAAAGAUGAGUUAGGGACUUCCACAUGGGGAUUCCUACAUUCAAUGGCUUCAUAUUACCCUGAGAAACCCACUACCUCACAAGCAAAAGACAUGGAUAAAUUUUUCACACUGUUUGGAGAAUUCUAUCCAUGUGAGCCAUGUGCUAUAGACUUUAGAGAAGAUAUUAAGGCACAUCCACCAAAGACAAAAACGAGAGAUGAGCUAGCUAAAUGGUUGUGUGAAAGACACAACACAGUUAACAAAAAGUUGGGAAAGCCUGUGUUUGACUGCAGCAAAGUGCACGAGAGAUGGCGAGAUGGCUGGCCUGAUGGAUCUUGUGACUAGCAUUAAUCAUUACAUAGUAGCCAGCUAUGAAUAUAUGGGAUAAGGGUUCUCAGUCCAAUACUUUCUUUUUAUAAUAUUGUUAUUGUACAGUUAUGUAUGCAAUUUUGUUUCUCAACCUAAAACAUGAAGCUAAAAAGCUGAAGUUUUGCAGAUUUUGUUACUCGACCACCAAUCAAGCCAUCAAUAUUAAAAAACUCAAAUGUGGUGGAAUAAGCAGCAUAAUUUAUUUUUAUUUAUCACAUGAUGUUAUCUAGUCAUAAUCUACCUAUGACUGACAGAUUUUUGUUGUAAAUAGAGGUUUGUAUAUAAUGGAAUAUUAGAGUGUAUAUAAUAUAUCUAAAAGUAUUUGGACUAACUAUAAAGCAAUUGCUUUUUUUAAUCCAGUGUUCUAUAUUUGUAGCGAAUAGAAACAACACAUUAAAUUUCAUGUACAAUUUCUUUAUUAAAGUGAUGAAUUUAAGUUUUUCUUCAACAUUUGAUACAAAUUUUUUUAUAUUCAAAGUUUGUAACAAAAUUUAAUAUUUGAUAUGUGGAUUAUUAAUUCAAUAAAUGUGAUAAGAACAAUAUUAUGCUGUGAGUUGCAUACUGUUGUAUUUGGAAGUGUUUUAUUCUACGGACUGUUUACACUUGUAAUGAUACAGAUUGCACAACAAACUGUCACACAAAUGUUUUGUACAGAAUUAGUAAUAGUAUCAUUUGUUAUGAUAAUAAAAUCACUGUUUUUAAA